ACUACAAUUGAAAACCAAAAACUCUCAUCAAUAUCAAUAUAUAUUCACAAACCUGCAAAACAAGAAUCACCUAAAUCAUAUCCAAAUGAAGAUUACCCCUGUUGCUCUAUGCCUUAGCUUGGCAAUCCUCUUCUAUGCUGUUGGAGGAGCUAAGGUGACAUUCACAAACAGGUGUGAAUACACGGUAUGGCCAGGAACUUUAACCGGAGACCAAAAACCUCAACUAUCAACGACAGGUUUUGAAUUGGGACCUGGGGCAACCACUUCAAUCGACCUUCCAUCUCCAUGGUCAGGUCGGUUUUGGGGUCGAACAGGAUGUUCCACCAACUUCGGAAGGUUCAGUUGUGAUACCGCCGAUUGUGCCUCUGGACAAGUGGGGUGCAAUGGUGCUGGCGCAAUUCCACCCGCAACACUUGUAGAAAUAACGGUAGCAUCAAACGGAGGACAAGAUUUCUAUGACGUGAGCAAUGUGGAUGGGUUUAAUGUGCCCAUGUCCGUAACGCCACAAGGUGGUAGUGGUGAUUGCAAAACCUCGAGCUGUCCUGGAAACAUCAAUGUAGUAUGUCCUGCUGAGCUUGAAGUGAGAGGUUCUGAUGGAAGUACGAUUGCUUGUAAGAGCGCUUGCUUGGCUUUAAAUCAAGAUCAAUAUUGUUGUCGUGGAGAGUACAAUACCGAAGAAAAAUGUCCACCCACAAUCUACUCUAUCAUUUUCAAGAAUCAAUGCCCCGGUGCUUAUAGUUAUGCUUACGAUGAUAAGAGCAGCACUUUUACAUGCUUUGCAACACCCGACUAUGCCAUCACCUUUUGUCCUUCAGCUUGAACUCCACCGUCCAUCAUGUUAAAUUAUUUAUGUCUUUCCGAAAUGAAAUAAGUGCAUAUACGUGCACAAAUUUGUGGUA